GGGAAAAUCAAUCCUGGUCAAUAUUGUCCUUGAAAGCCUUGGGUUCUUGAAAGCGUCCUCCAACUGGUGGUUCCUUCUCUUCCAGUUCCUUCCAAUUCCAGGACUUAGGAUGUCUUCAUUGGUCAGGCAUUAUUUGGGACAGCAUGGAAGACCUUCACUAGCCAAAGGCUAUGCCGGACUGCUCAGCCAGUGUCAGUGGAGUUUGAAAGGUUGCCCUCACUGAAAUGAAUGGCUAGAUGACAGGCAUCAUCGUGGGCAGCAGUAAGCCAUCGAAACCUUUUCUGCCAACUUCUCAUUCUCCCCAAGAGGGCUACUUACAGGAGGGUGAAGACAGGCUAAGCAAUACUGAAGAAUUAUGGGGGAAUGUGGCUGAUUAUUCAACAAGGAGUGAAGACAACCAUGAACAAUGCCGGUACUUUCAGCUAGAUCUUGCCAGCAGCAGGACACUGAAGAAGAGCUUUUCCAGCACUGCUAUCAAGUGCUUCAGAAAGCAUGGGAUCGUGAGAAGCCUUCAGAUUGUGUUAUUGUCUCUAUGGACAAAGACCAGAGGACUGGUCAACCUCAAAGGUCUGCGUCCCCCUCCCCUGCUUCAGCCACGCCCCUCCAAGAGGCCUGCUCCUCUGGCAUGCCCUCCUGCUGUGCCUAGCAAAAGGCCACUCCUUGGUAAGAAGCCAAGCCUGUUAGCCCCACUGCCAGUCCGUGCCACACCAACGGGCAGUUCGACCUACAUCGUUGUGGAACUGAGGAAUGCACUGUGGAGCCUGAAGAACGAGGUAGCUGUGGCCCAGAUGGCUGCUUCGCCUCCCCUGAGGACUGAGGCCCCCGCAUGGAUGCACCACUGGUGUCUAGGUUGUUGGCGUAGUUGUGACUUUCUCUGA